UUUGUCGUUUUCGCGAUGCAAUCAUUUAUAUUAUGUACAAUCGCCUCGUUUAAGAUCGCAUACCACGAUAUCGUUCACCUAACCGAACUCGUAGCGUGAUUAUGCGACAAAUAAACACGCAUAACUUUUUUAUUGGAGAUUCCGUCGCGUAUUCUUCGUAGGAUCAAUGUCGCGUUCAAUGCAAGAUGAACCGAUAAACCGAAUGGAGUCGGCCAUAGGAAGCUUUCUGUUCACGAUUCGAUCGCAUUCUGAACGCGAUACCAGUUACCAGUUGUUAGGUAUGCACAAUCUCGCCUUCAUGAGGAACGUACUGUUGCUACUGGUGAUUUACACUAUCCCAAAAUCCGUUCGAUCCGUGAACGGUGUAAUAUGGGAGAAAACGUCCCAGAAUUUCGUGCCCAUCUUCAGCGUUCCCGCGUUCGCGGCGAUAAAUCAGGAACUGGUGAACCAGAGUCGAGCAGAGGAGAUUCACAACUUUCAAGGACAAGUCGUUAGGUUCACCUAUUACGAGAUGCAACGUUUAAUCACUAGCGAAGCAAACGGAACGAAAGUGGCAGGAAUCUUUGGUGAAGUCUGGAACACGUUAUCGAAUUUGUUGAAUUUCAGGUUGAAGCCAAUUCUCGCAAAAGAACGUACUAUGGGAACGAUGGACGAGAAUGGCAUCUACACGUUUGGUUUGAUGAGAAUAAUUCAAAGAAACGAAACGGACGUGGUACCGCGAAUAGUUAGCGAUUUGAAUCCAUUUAAGGUCUCCCAGUUCACGUUCCCUUUGUGGCCGAUCAGCUAUCACCUGUUCAUUCGACCAAAACUGGAGUAUAGUCCUACAUGGAUGCUAAAGCUAUUCUCCCAAAACAUCUGGUACGCGAUUCUAUUCACGUAUUUACUGAUGACCAUCUGCAGUUAUUUGGUCCAAACAGUUAAUUCGAGAAUUAUGAGCAAAAAGCUGCCGAAGAGCUUAGGUGACCAUUUGUUAUACAACUUCGGUUUAAUGUGCGAACAAGCGGACUGCUUACCAUGUGAUUCGAGCACAUCCAUGAGAAUCGUGGAUCUAUGGUUGGGGCUCUUCUCGUUUCUAAUCAGAGCAGCAUUCGAGGCACUUCUGAUAAGUUACAUGAUGCAAACUACCUUCACACCACCUUUUCAUGACUUGGAAUCCUUCUUGAACAAAACUUCGUACAAAAUUUGUCUCUUGGAUGGCACUGUGCUGGCAAAGAUGGCCAAGGGCCACCAUGGAACUGUAUUUGAUAAGCUGUACGAAAUGAAUCGAAUCAAAGAAGCGGCCAAUUACGGGGACAUGUACCGGAAAGUAUGCUCGUCAAAUAAAUGGAGCGCGAUGCAUCACAACUUGGGCAUAAAGAACUCUAUGAGGAGCUAUACAUGUCGGAUGCGUGCCGUAGGAGAUCCCGUAUACCAUGGUCAUAUAGUUUCUGGGAUCUCAAAGAACUUCAGCAACAAACGAUCCAUCGACAUUGGGAUACUUAGGAUGAAGGAGUACGGUAUCCUCCAACGUAUAUCGAAUAGCGUGAAGGGGAUAAAUCACGAUGCUAAUUCGCUGGAUACAGUGGAACCAAUUCAUACAGAUCAAGUGUAUUUAAUUCUCGUAAUACUCGCCUCUGGAGCGUUCAUCUCUGUUAUUUUUCUCGUACUCGAGGUCCUGGUGUUUUAUUACAACAAUUAACAAAAUUUUUACCUGCGCAUUUUGUCCAACCCUCGUCGAAAUAAUUACAGAAUAUCGUGCAUGCAGAUUCUAUGUUUUUUACUUAUUUUCCCUUGCAUUUCAAGGAAAUGUUAGUUAACGAGUCGAUAACGAUUGCUUGGUCGAUAAACUCAGUGGAUAGGUGUAUACCGACCGAUAGUGCGAGUUGUUACAAUGAUUAGUGUUAUUAUUAUUAAACUAUUAUGCACACCACUAUUAUGCACAUUUAAGGGCGUACAUAUAGACCUUUAUAACUGAUAAUUACAUAUCACGUAUGCACUUUCUAUGUUUCUCAUUUAUUUUCCCUUGCAUUUCAGGGAAAAAGCCAGUUUACCGACGAGUCGUUAACCAUUGGUCGAUAACAACUACUGGAUCGAUAAGAUUCGUAUUGAUCCAUACAAGUGUAUACCGGCAAAGUAUUAGUUAUUACGAUUAUUAUUAUUAAACGUCGCUAUCAUGCACAUUUAAACGCAUGCAUGCAGACCUGAAUAACUGAUAAUCGUGACGCGUUAAAAUGCAAGAUAAAGCGAUAAUCCUGAUGGAAUCGCGUUGUAAUAGCCGUCCAUUUCAGCGAACAUGAUCGAAUCGCGUUGUUAGUGGGACACCAGACCCCAGCAGGAAAACUUCUGACUCGAGGAUUUUAAGAAUCUUUGCUUCAUGAAACGAUUACUGUUAUUCGUCGUGAUUCACGCGAUCCUGAGACCUGUUCGAUCGGCGAACGGUGUGAUAUGGAACAAGAGGAUCCAAAAUUUCGUGCCGAUCUUCAGUGUUCCCGUUUUCGCGUCGAUAAAUCGGGAGAAGUUCGAUCGGAGUCGAGCAGAGGAGACGCACAACUUUCAGGGGCAGAUCGUUACGUUUACUUAUUACGAGUUGAGCAACGUCGUCUUUCCCGAAGCAAACGGAACGCAAGUCAACGGAAGAAUCGGCGAAAUCUGGAAUAUUUUGGCGGAGUAUUUGAAUUUCACAUUGAAGCCAAUUCUCACGAACUAUCAUACUAUGGGAUACGUGGACCCUAACGGUACUCUCACGCCUGGCUUGUUGACUAUUCUAAAUAAUAACGAAACGGACGUGAUAGCAAGGAUGGGGAUCCACGCGGAGCGAUUCAGGAUCGGCCAGUUCUCGUUUCCUUUAUGGAGAACCAGGCGAGUCGAUGUCUAAAUUAAAGGAAAUUCUUUGCAAGUCGUACCGCGACCCAAAAUUCUCGAUAAAUUAAAUAAAACCGUGGUAAAGUAUUUUUUAUUUUUUUUUUUUUGUUAAAUGUUCAGUCACUACCUGUACGUUCAACCAGAAAUGAAACAUGACUCCGCAUGGAUGGCGAAACUAUUCACGCGACAGACUUGGUUCGCGGUUCUGGUCAUGUAUUUACUGCUGAGCCUCUGCGGAUAUCUGGCCCAACUGAUGGACUCGAAUACCACGCGUGAGGAAUUAAGGGACACCUGGUACGAUCAUCUGUUCUACAACUUUAGCCUGAUCUGCGACCAAUUGGACGUACCGAGUACUUUGAACAGAAAUUCGGUGUUUAUAUUGUUUUGGUCGGGUUUAUUCUCUUCUUUACUGAGAAUAGCUUUCAGCGCACUUUUGUUAGUCUACUUGAAACAAACUAUCAUGUAUCCGCCUUUCUACGACAUGGAAACUUUGGUGAGAGAUACUUCGUACACUGUUCUCGCUGCAAAAGGUACUCGACAGAGUUUAACACUUCAGUAUAGCAAUUAUUCUGUCUACAUAAAAUUACGCGAAAGGAAUCAAGUAAAACACAUGGACGAUCGAACGGAGAUGUACAAACUGGCGUGCUCGACAAAACAUAAAUAUGCGGUGUACCAGAGCGACGACGUAAAACAGACUAGUGGGGAGCCUUUCUGCCAACUAAAUCCCGUACGAAACAUCGAAGAAGAAGAAUGGAUUUCCUCCGGCAUUUCGUGGAACUUCAAAUACAAAAGAUCUAUCGACAUCGCGUAAAUAGUUAAUAUAAACGAAAUCGAGAUGCGAAUAAUUCGAAUAACGUUAUUUUCAUUGCGACAGGCUACUGAAACUGCGAGAAGUCGGUCUCAUGGCGCGUGGGACGCGUUAUUGGACGAAAUGGAAAUUGUUGACAGAAGAUACAUCAGACAAUGAAUAUCGUCCAAUAAACAUGCAACAAAUCAUUCUAAUCCUUUCGAUAUUAGGCUAUGCGUCGGCCACAUCUUUCGUUUUUUUUGUAUUUGAAAUCCUGAUAUUUUACUAUAGAAAUUAACGAUACACCAUCUAAUCCUCGAAUGCAGUCGUAUAGUUGUCGCAUGGUAGAAUGAAAAUAAUCACAUUAUGUGUACCUCGACUUGAUUAAUUAUUUCAACGAAUUUUACAAAUCCCUAUGGGAGCAAGACGUAGAUUCCACCCGUGAUCAUACUACAGGGUGUCCCAGAAUUAGAAUAAGAACCGGAAAUGGGGGAGGGGGUAUAGCUGAGACGAUUCUGAGCGACAAUUCCCUUUGCAAAAAUGUCGGAUGGUGCUUUGUUUUUGAAUUAUCGACGAUGAAACCAGCGACCAAUCACAGCGCGAGCUCAGCCGCGGGAGGCUGUCCCGAUGGCUCGACCCCGCCUCUCGUGGCUGAGCGCGCGCUACUCGGGCGCUGAGAUUGGUCGCUGGUUUCAUCGUCGAUAAUUCAAAAACAAAGCACCAUCCGA